CCACAAAUCGAAAUUCGCGCGCCAUCUCUCCUCACCAUCCGUCUUUUGCCCCAGAACCCACCACUCUCGUGUCCCCUUUCUACGCCCUCUUCCCCCCCUUGCGCUCUCCUUACUCCCUAUCCAUCUCGACUUCUGGCUGGACCUAGACGACGACAGCGAGAUCCAGUCGCUGCGCCGGCUCAUCACCAAGCCCUCUGCUGUCCGACCCUCGUUUGCUUUCCCUUCUCGUCCCACCCGGCUUUCCACCCGGUCUUUGCUCCUCCCCGCGUUACAUCUUGGCCGCUCCCAAUUCUUCUCCGCACGCAGUCUCGCAAUGCGCUUCUUUUCACUCGGACUCGCUGCCGUCGCCUUGGGCGCAUCGGCAGCGUCUGCUCAGAGCACGACUGACGCGGCCACGUUGAGCAUCAACACGGCCGCUGCCGCGACGGUGUCUCGACCCACCGUUGGCUUCAAUUCUGCCUCAACUGCCCGUAUCAUCUCCACCGACACUGAAGCACCCAGCUCCGCUGUCGCCUCGGCCGCCUCGUCGUCCACCCCGGCAGCGUCGGUGCCAUACUACAACGUCUCUGCGCUCCCGUCCACGGUCUCUGAUGCCCCUCGGACGGCAUCGAGCAACUUUACCCUGCCCAAGCCCGAUGCCACCGCCGCGUGGAAUCCGGCACUGGUCGUCCAGAGCAGCAACCCCUACGUGAUGCAGGUCGUCGACACGGCCGACAUGCCCACGAUCAACUGGAACCUGCUCAACCACACGCAGCAGCAGCGCCAGAUUAUCUGCGACCAGCAGACAAGCUUCUGCCAGACGGCCGGCUGCAAGGAAGCCGGCGCGACAAUCAAGGACAACUUCUGCAACGUUGACACCAUGGCCACCAAGUGCUCGUGCACAAAGGGCGACGCCAACCUGCAGCAGUACAACUGGCCCGUCCAGUUUGCCGACUGCACCGGCCGCAGCACCACCUGCACCGACGACUGCAUGAAGCCUGGCGGAACGACGGCAGAGCGCACCGCCUGCCGGGAUUCGUGCCACCAGAACUUUGCCUCGACGUGUGGCCUGCCGGGACAGUACGCAGCAAACUACGCCGUCGACAAGGAGAGCCAAAAGCCAAAGCUCGGCAUGAUCCAGGGUGGAACGGCUGCAGACUCUGUCAGCCGCGUCGCCGUCUCCUCUGCCCUCGUCGUCACCCUCGCCGUCGCUGCUGUCAUUGCCCUCUCUGCUUGAUUUUGCCAGUCUACAACCUUUCCCCCUUUCGUCCAAGAAUUUCCCACCUUUGAUCUUCUUCGCCUUCUGUACUCUGUCCCCGGUGUCCUCCUAAUCCUCUCUUUCCACCUUUGGACCGCGAUACCAUUCUGCUGCUACUUUUGUUUCCCCCCUCCCUUAUCUACGGCGACGAAUAGCGGCACAUUCAGACGGUUCCUUUUUUAGCCCCCAACCUCCUCCCCCUUUUGCCAAACUCCCACUACUUCGUCCUCUUUGCAUCCGUCGGUCCUUUCUCCCUUGCUCUUCUUCAUACAAGUCUGGAAUCAAGCAGUAGCAGAAGCAGUAGCCAGCGAGCGAAGUCCCUCUUCUUUGGACGAGAAUUUGUUUGGUCGUGAGGAAGCCUACCCUGAUGCAUUACC